AGAAUAGAGAGUUUUAACCUGGGAGACGGAGUUGUGCUGUGAAGAGGCAACACUUGUUUUGUGUACGCCAAUUGAACGAAUGUUCGAAUUGAUAGGUAAACAAGGUUGACCGUCAAAUUUAACCUUCGAUUCCCUAACCGCAUACAAUCAGGUCGAUUCCGACAACGGCUUGGAAGAAGGAAACAUUGAAGCAUUAACAUUAAUUUUGAGCCAGUUUUUGCGAGAUUGAAAGCAAUUUACAGUAUCUUCGCUUUUCAAAUUCUGAAAAUGAAUAACGGACCCUCUGGAUUUCACAAUGCUCCGUUUACCAAGGGUUUGGUCAUUACCUGUGCGAUUGUUUCUGUCCUACUUGGCAUGCACGGAGGAGCAUCCGCCUGCGGACUUUCUUACCAGGCAAUUGUGAGGAAACUUCAUAUUUGGAGGUUGGCCACAUCUGCUCUUGUGUUUUCUUCGACCCCAGAAUUGGUGUUUGGCCUCUACCUUUUGUAUUAUUUCAGGGUGUUUGAGAGACAAAUUGGCUCAAACAAAUAUUCAGUGUUUGUUUUAUUCUCAAUCAUAUUCACAACAUGCUUUGAACUGAUUGCUUUGGUGGUAUUCAAAGAUCCUACUUCAAGUGUCCUCGCAUCUGGACCAUAUGGCUUGAUAUUUUCUUCAUUUAUACCUUUUUACUUUGAUAUACCAGUUUCAACAUGGUUUCGCAUUUUUGGUUUCCGGUUCUCUAACAAAUCAUUUGUCUAUCUUGCUGGCCUUCAGCUUCUUCUUUCAUCAUGGAGAAGGACAUUUGUACCAGGCCUUUGUGGCAUUGCUGCUGGCUUGUCAUAUCGUCUUAAUGUCUUUGGCAUUCGUAGAAUCAAGUUUCCAGAGCAAGUAGCAUGUAGGAUUUCCCGCCUUUCAUUGCUAAGUUUACCAGUUGAACCAUCGACUGUGGCUUCAAGAGGAAAUGUAACGAGGGAAGCUGUUCCUUCAUAUGAUAGACAAUUUGAGGAUGACUUUGCUGCUGCAUCUCCACUUCUUGGUUCAACUGUUCAUCCCUCGGAAGAAGCUGUUUCGACAUUGGUGACAAUGGGUUUUGAUAGAAAUCUUGCAACUCAAGCACUUCUUCAGGUCGACAAUGACAUCAAUGCAGCAACCAAUAUACUGAUUGAGAUGCAGUCCCAUUAAUGUUAUUUACAUUAUAGCACUUUAAUUAUUUUCAAUGUGCACCAAUUUGUGUGCAUUUCAAGGUUCAGUUUGGAUACGAUAUUCUCAGAAAUAGUUAUCCAAUUUAUAGUUCCAUUUUUUUCAGUGGGAUUAAUCCAGAUCAGAUUGGUUUUUUUAAUACACUGACAAAUGACGACCAAGAUCAAUGACAUCUCAGACUGAGUAGAGUAUAUGCAAAUUGCAUGAGAAUGGCAUAAGUGAGGCAAUGCCGAUUGGCCAUAAUAUUCAAUUUUAUUUGUAAUUUAAUAUUACUUAAUGUUAACAUGUACCUACAAUACUUAUACUGCUCUUUUCCAUCUAUGUUUGAUGCUUUGAGAUUUCCAUAGGUCACGCUCUGAGUAGAAUGUUCAUUGAAGCUGUACUUUACCCUUUCUUUUGAUGUUUUGGUUCUAACUUCUAGACUCCGCUUCAAGGAUAUUUGUAUCUUUGAGAGACAUAUCAUUUAUGAGGUUAGAUUCCAAAUUGACCCAUAUUUUGUUCACC